AUGGGAGGAAUAUGUGAGUCGGUUGAAAGACCAGACUUUUCUUGUUCAUUCUGCAAGGCUUUGUUUACGCAGAGCUUUGAUAUUGCCGGUAAUGGAGAAGCCAGUUUGGUGUUUAACGUAUUGGUCGAUACCAUGGCAAUUGGAUACCUCUUUUCGGCACUCUAUCUAUUCUUUCGAUUACAACGAUCGUACAACUACAUUAUGGGCAGUAACAUGGGAGACAGUGGAGCGAGUGCACGAUCAACAAAACUUAGCAACUCUCAAAACAAAACUACAUCCAACGAAAACAAAGACUAUGUUCAAAUCAACGUCCUACCAACAGGUGGUGAAAACUCUGCAUUGUGGGAUAAAAACACAUCGAUCACUAUCAAUCAUCCCAAGAUCCUCAUGUCUACCUAUUUCAAACAUCUAUUGUUUGUAGGUGGAUGGUUGGCUGUUGAAGGACUUCUCCUACUCUUUCUACCACCCUCUUCAAUUGUCUAUCCCACCGCCGUCACUAUUAUUAUGGCCGGUCACAUCAUCACUGACAAUUGGGUACUCAUUUUCAUGGCAGGCAAAAAAGAUGACGAAUUCUCAUCAAGACGUUCAUUUUAUAUUUGUAUUCUUCUCUAUUUACUUUUAAUGGCAACUCAAUUGGCUGAUGUUUUUGGUAGUCCAAUGUGUAAAACUCCAUUUGAAUGUCAAUUAUUUAUGACAGAAGAUCCAUAUACAGCAUUAUCAACCAAUGUUGUAUUUAUGAUUAUUUAUACGACUGUUUUAUUGGUAUCACUUCGACGUAGUAUUGUACGUCCAACUGCAAGACUUUGGUUAGUCUUUUUGAUGGCAGUCAACUUUUUAGCAGUCAUUUCAAAUAUCCUUUUAAUCUUUAAAAUCGAUUUUGCCUAUUGUUUCCUUGCAUUCUCAACCAUACCCUAUGCCCUGUUGUAUGGAUUCAUGUUGUUUAGAACAGUUGGAAAUGAUUCAAAUUUAUUAAGAGCCAGAAGUGAAUUUGAACCAUUAUUAACAAAUUUCAGAGAAUACCAAAAUCUAUUUGGUAAAGAAUCAAUAUCAUCUUUGGAAGGUACAAAUGCAUUACAAAUGUCAGCAUUUUAUAUUAAAUUUACAGAGUUUAAAUUUGGUGAAGUGAUUGGUGGAGGGUAUUUUGGAGAGGUAAAGAAAGCGAUUUGGAAAGGUGCAGUGGUUGCUGUCAAGAUGUUGCACAGAAACAGCUAUCGUAACACUGAGAAUACAGAAGACAAUGUAUUCUUUAAAGAGGUGGCUAUACUUUCAAUGUUGAGACACCCCAAUGUACUCCAGUUUAUGGGUGUCUGCUCAGAGGACGACAAGAACUGCAUCGUCACAGAGUACAUGGGUGGCGGCUCGCUCGACCGUUUCUUGACAGACCGACACUUUAUCCUUGUUAGUCACCCGGAAUUGGCGUGGCGUAUCGCAACCGAUGUUGCCAAGGAUGGCGCAUAUGGCCGCCUAUGA